AUGGCAACCUCAAGGGCAGUUCUAAUGACUAUUGGUCAGCUUUCCUUCUACGAUCAGAUUAAGCAAAUGCUGAUUGAGAGCGGAAUUGCUAAGGACAAUCUCUAUACUCACUUCUCGAGCAGUUUCUGUGCGGCCAGUAUUGCCACAAUGCUCACGCAGCCAUUGGAUGUGAUGAAGACUCGGUUGAUGAACGCGCCUCCAGGGCAGUUC